AUGAUAUGGUGCACUCUUCUAUAUCCAAUAGCGGCUACAAAGAUAUCUUAUUCCGCUGCGAGAAACCUUCUAUAUAGGGAACAAUUACGUCAAAGGCCGGAAACACCACAAACCAUUGCCGGACUUGAUGCGGCAUUGACGAGUUAUCAACCAGUUCAACAUAUUUUUAAGGGCACGGUAUUAUCGGAUGAAGGUUAUAGAGCAGUUAUAUUUACAAGUGAUGCUCUACUAGAUGUUUUAGAAACAGCUACAGAAGUUUAUAUGGAUGGUACAUUUUCGGUAGUUCCCAGAGUGCCAUCCUUCGCGCAAUUAUAUACCAUCCACGUACGAUACAUGGAUACGGGUAUAGCUGUUCUGUUUGCGUUGUGCGAAAAACGCACAAUGGAUGUGUAUGUCGCAAUUUGGCGAAAAGUGAAGGAGCUGCGUCCAAAUGCAUUGCAAGAAGUGCGAUUAGUCAUGAGCGAUUAUGAACGUGCGGCAAUGACAGCUGCAAGAGAGAUUUUCCCGGACUCGCGACUAACCGGUUGCUGGUUUCAUUUCAAUCAGGCUGUGUUAAGACGUUGGAGAGCUUUACGAUUAACAGCAGUUCCAAGGAAGAUUCUUGGUCUUACUAUGGCUUUACCUUUGGCUCCGGCUGAUAUGUUUGAAUGCAAAUAUAACGCGCAUAAGUAG